CUUGCUUCCCGCUUUGCCGCCAAAUCUGUCAGGAUGAUGAUUGUGUCACAAGGUUGUGUGAGUGAAGAGUAAUUAGUGAACAUGUCAAGUCCAAGACGUACUCCCAGGCGUAGUGCCCGAGGGUCUGAGGCAGACCAAGCCCCUAGAACCCCACAGCAGCCAGUGGAGCCACGAACUCCUAGUUCGCGCACCAGGCGUGGACCACGCACUCCUGCACGAGAGGACACAUCUCCACGUUCUGGUACACCAACCUCCACGCCACUCAGGUUUGGUGCACAGCGUGCACCUCCAACUGACCAGGAUAAUGUAGUGGUGGAGCCCUCGGACCCUCUGUCAAUCCCUCCAUCCUCUCCUGCGCAGAACAUUGGGGCACCAACCAGUCCUUUCGGCGUGGGAAUGAGUGAGAUUGACUUAAGCUCUCCUCUAAAUUAUGGCACUCCGAGCUCCAUGGGGUCUCUGCGCACCCCGAGAUCAGGUAUCCGAGGUACUUCCUAUCCGGAUUUGCGUCAUCAGAGGGCGAAGGGAGCAUCUCAGGGUCCGAACUUGGUAAUUUGGGGCACAGAUGUUGUGGUCAGCCGCUGCAAGGACAGAUUCAAACGGUUCAUACAAAACUUUUUAGAGACAGAGACUGAUGAGGAUGAGCAACCUGAGAACAGAGACACCAAUGAACCUCUGUACAUGCAGAAAUUGGAAGAGAUUCAUAUGCUGGAGGAACCAUUUUUGAACGUGAACUGUGGUCACUUAGAGACCUUUGACCCUGAACUGUACCGCCAGCUGGUCUGUUAUCCCCAAGAGGUGAUCCCAACUCUGGACAUGGCUGUUAACGAGAUGUUUUUUGAUCGCCAUCCUGCUGCAGUUCUUGAACAUCAGAUACAAGUCCGACCUUUUAAUGCUCAGAAAACCAAAAAUAUGCGCUUAUUAAAUCCAGAAGACAUAGACCAGCUGAUCAGUGUCAGUGGGAUGGUGACUCGGACAAGCAACAUCAUGCCAGAAAUGCGUGAAGCUUUCUUCAAGUGUAUGGUCUGUGCCAACACGGCGUCGGUGGAGAUUGAUCGUGGGCGUAUCGCUGAGCCAACCGUCUGCACACAGUGUAGCACCAAAUUCUGCUUCACCCUGGUCCACAACCGGUCUCAAUUUACAGACAAGCAGAUGGUCAAGCUGCAGGAGUCCCCAGACGACAUGCCAGCUGGUCAGACUCCACAUACUGUGGUACUGUUUGCUCACAAUGACCUGGUAGACGCAGUACAUCCUGGUGACAGAGUGACCGUGACUGGUAUCUACCGUGCAAUGCCAUUGCAAGUUAACCCGCGCAUGCGAAACGUGCGCUCAGUCUACCGUACCCACAUUGACGUGGUCCAUUUCCGUAAGACAGAUUCAAAGCGACUCUAUGAACAGGAGGAUGGGUAAUAAUUUCUUUAAUAG